GUGCGCCCCCAGACCAGGAAGUAGCGGUGCAGGAGCACAGAGUCGUGUUCCCGUGUUGGGCCCGCGGCAUUGUGUGGUGGUAGUGGCUGUCCUCUCCUCCGGGCGGCGGGGAGGAGCAGGAGCUGGAGGAUGAGUGCCGGUAAUACAAUAUGGCCGCCGGGCCGGGUGACAUGCGUCCUGUGUGUGCUGUUUACUCUGUGCUAUGUGUCCGACGUACAGAGCUCUCCGAGCCCUACAUUGGCCCCAACGGGUGUCAGCGGCGCGCAACCUCCUGUAGCCGCAAAUGAGAGUAGUUCUAACACUGCCAAGGACGAUCUGUCCACUACUGUGGCCGCUCCUGCCGCCCCCAAGCCCCAGACCCAGAGGGCCCUGGCAGUCCUGGUGGUGGUGAGCGCUGCCGUCAUCAUCUACUUCGUCAUCAGGACAAUCAGGACACGAAGAAAAAAUAAGAAAACUAGAAAAUAUGGAGUAUUGGAUACAAAUAUAGGCAAUAUGGAGCUAACUCCCUUAGAACAAGAGGAAGAAGAUGACGACACUUUGUUUGAUGCCAAUCAGUCUCGAAGAUAAGAUGAUGCCUUUUUGUACGCUGUUGUUGACGAGGAGAAGCCGAUCUGCUUGAAGAAAGAGAACACAUUUGCAUACUGUUUUUGUGUUGAACAAUAUCAUUGCUUAUUUUGUACAUAACUUAUAGCAAUAUGCAAUACGUCCCAUGUUCUUUAAAACACUAGUAUUCUUACUGAAGAGCUGGUUGUUAUUUGCCUCAUUACAGUGGUACAUUUUUAUUUCUUUUUUUUCUUGUUGUUGUCAAAUUUUGUAACACUUUGUUAUGUUAUUUAUAUUCCCAUGUGGAAGAUGUAUUAUUUUACAGAUAAUUGGUAAAUAAUGCAUUUUUUUGUAAAUAGUGUCAAUAAAAAGGUUAAACGCUA